UCGUGGUAGACGGACAACUGCCAGAAACCACAAAGGAUGAUGAAUCGCCGGCGGAAAGCAUAGAUUCUCCGGUCGUCACAGAGAAAUCUCAAACAGACAGUGCAUCACAGUCUGGGGUUGGAGUGUCGCAGAACCAGUCGGCAAGCAACGGUGCAGGCGCAGGUGGUUCUCUCGAGACGAAUAUCCCCGCACCACCCGGUUCUGUCACACAACCCACAAGUGCGAACACGACAUUGACUCAAGCUGAGCCAAAUAAGGACAUGCUAAAUAAGACCCCUGAGGAAGAUGCUUCUAAAUUGCAACCAGACUCAUCUGAUCCUCCGACGCCUGACGACAAACAGACAGGACUUGGUUCCGGUGAGUGCACCCAUUUGCUUCGGUUCUGUGCAAUACACU